AAUUUCCGGCCGCACGCGACAGCCCAACAACAGCGCCAUCUGUGGGUCACGAACGAUAGUGAAAAGCUCGAUAUCAGUCGCCUACUGAGCAAAUUUGUAAGAGAUGGAGCUGACCGGAGAAUUGCUACAAUCCUGUUGAAAAGACGCUGGACAAUGCAGACUGUCACGAAUCAAGUUAAACAGCUUCCCUCGCGGGGGCUGAAGCAGGUGAAAGUAGACAAUUGGGGGACAUUUUUUCUCCAGCGAUUGCAACAGCUCUAUUUUGAAGAAGAGUUACUAGACCUUACAAUCAAAUUUCCAACUAGUGACAUCACCGUACAGGCUCAUCGACUAGUAAUCACAACAUGCACAGAUUACUUUACGCAACUCGAAUGCCAGCUCAAAGAAAAAGAUGAUAAUUUUGAUGGUGUACUUGUCAUGCCACCGGAUAUGCCUUAUGAGUGUGUCAAGUCUAUCAUCAGUUUUAUGUACACUGGUCAAUUGGAGUAUUGGACUUCAGAACAAAAUGCUCUAUAUCGGACAGCACAAAAAAUGAACAUGACUGUCUUAACGAAGUUACUUGAUGCACAAUUUAAUACCACAGACUUGCAAUUGAAUCCAUCACCAAAGUCAAAAUCUAAUGUUCAACCAGUAAUUACUAUGACAAAACCUGUCACGCAGAGCAAAAAAAUAUUAAGUGGUCUCAGUCAUUCGACAAUUUUGCCUUCACAGCCAUUACCAGGACGAAAGCUCCCAAUUUGGAAAAGAAAGUUAGACUCUGCAUCCAAUUACGACUACCCAAAUAACUCAUUUGGUAAGGAUACCACUCCUGGUCCCUCUCGAUUCGAUCUCCCUGAAGUGGAAGAUUUUGCUUUGGGAGUAUUUUCCUCUUUUGACGACAUUACCUAUAACACAAAACCUAUUGUCAAGGCGCCCAGCUCACAAGACGAUUGCGACAAUGAACUCAAAACUGGAAUAAAACGUUCAAGAGACGAAGAUAGACAUUAUAAAAACGAGACUUCAGAUGAUGAGGAGGGUGAUGAUCAUGGUAGGAACCAAGAAACGGCGGCAGACAAUUCAGAUGAUGAUUGGGGCGGUCCCAAGUCUAUACUAAGACCGCAAGAAUCCAAUCAGUCUCGGACUAAACGAGUAAGAUUUGAUUUAGAGGAAAAAGAAAAUUUAGAAAAAGCUAAGAGUACCUCAUCGCCAACAAACACCCCAGAAGCAAUAAACAAUCACGCUAAAAUAAUAAGAGAGGUUCUGAAAAAGUAUCCCCACUUAGUUAGAAAUAACAAGAACAUACGUCUUAAAAUCAUGCAGAAGGAGGCAAAAUCAGCCGAACCAAGUAUUCCGACUAAAACUAAAGUUUCUUACGUUGUGCUCAAGUCUGACCACCUGAUGGGUAACACAAACAGUGAAAGCUCAGAAGAGCCUAAGUUUAGCGGAGGGGACGGAACAGAGUCAGGUCCUUGGAAAUGCAAUAAAUGUGACAUUGAAGAAGAAUAUGCGACUUAUUAUAUGUAUAGGAGACACAUGCAGGAUGUUCAUGAUGAAAGGUUUGACCCGAGGAUAUGCGAACACUGUGGUUAUAAGGCUACUAAGCGCAAUAUAUUAAUGUACCACCUUUAUACGAAACAUAACGUACCACCUCCUAAAAGUAUGUGUUUCCCCAAGUGUCAUACAUGCUCUUAUGUCGCUCUAUCUGAAAAUCUUCUAGCUCGACAUCAAAUCAACAACAAACAUUGCGCCCCUGCUCAUCAGCCAUCUCCGUCAUCCGAAAAUGUUCAGUGUUCACAAUGUGCUGAGACUUUUGCAGAUAUAUCAGAGCUGGCUAGCCACGAGAUGAACACAGGUCACGGAAACAGAAGCGAAAUUAGAGAUAAACCCCAUCGUUGUCCACACUGUGGUAAGCUGUUUGUAAGAGCGUCAAAUUUGGAGGUACACAUUGAUUGUGUCCAUAAAGAUAUAUCAAAAAAUUCCGACAUCGCACCAACAGCUCCAAUCGCUCUAGAGCCGUCAUCCGAAGCAGAAGCACUGAGUCAUGUGGCUAGUGGAAUUGCAGCGUCCCUGGGUGUAGGUGAUGCUAUAGCAACACAUGAACAAGUAAUUACAACAGAUCAGACGGAGUAUAUUGUUCCUGAGAUGCAAAUUACUGAUGGAAUGCACAAUAUAGCGUAUAACGGACAAGAAGUUGGUGAAGAACCACAAAUGGUUAUGCUAAUUGAUAAUAGUGAAUAUCAACAACAAGAGGGAGGUGACCAUCAGCAAACAGUACACCAAUUGAACGUAGGGGUUAAUGAACAGAUAGUUAUGCAAGGUGACGAAGAUGGAAUGAUUGUUUACGUCCAUGAGAAUGAGGAAGUUAGUCACGAACAUUAUCAGGUCGAUGACACGGCAGCGAUAUGUCAAGAAACUGAAGAAAUUGUUGAAGAGGUAGUAGAAGAAGUUGAAGAAGAGGUUGAAGAGGUAGAAGAAGGGGAAGCUGGUGAAAAUGAAGAAACAGAGGACAUGGACGCAACUGAAGAAGCUCAAGAAGCAGAAGUAACAGAAGAGUAUGAAGAGGCCACAGGGGAAAGAACAGAAAACGAAGGUAUGGUUGAAGAAGAAGGUAACAUUGAGCAAGGGGAAGACCUGGUCCAAUAUGUAGAGGAAGAAACAGAAAUACUAGAAUAUCAUGAAGAGCAAUUAAAUGAGCAUACCAUUGAAUCCCAACCGGCAGAAGAGUCUGUCAUGAUUAUAGAAGAGGAACAAAUCGAGGCAACAGAAGGUGAAACAGUGAAAGAAAAUCCGCGAGAAAAUGUGAAAGCUGGUACCAUAGCUGAUGAAUGGGAUGAUGACAGUGCAGACACGGGUACAACGUAGGUAAUAAAAAGGCUUCCUGAUACACAAUAAUAAAUUGGUACUGAGAAAACAUCAAAUAAAAAUGAUUUUCACUGAUCUGUCACCGAUUUGGUUUUUUCGAGUAGGCAAAAUAUUAAAAAUGAAGGUCAAUACUCCAUUUCGAUUGUUAUAGCCAUAUCGAUUAUAAAAAAAAUUUGCUUCCUGGAGUAUAGUAGAUCAGAAUGAAUUAGACUAAUGGAUAUUCCACAGCAGUUUCACAAUACAUACAAGAAUAUGUAUUUUAUAUGGUCAACGUCAUUUGUCAAUUUAUUUAAAGUGUUGAGGAAGAUUUGGUUGUUUUCUGUACUUUUAUUGAGGUAAUUAGGAGCCCACGUUGUUGUUACAGUACAAUUGCACAGUACUUUUUGAUUCUUGAGGAUAAUGUAAUUUUUCGAUAAACGCCAUUUACUUCAGAAUACUUCAGCUCAGAAACUUCAACUAUCCUACUCUUUGGACAUAAUUCAGUAAUUCAAUUUCCACAAAGGUUUCAUCUCAUAAAUAUUAGAAAUUUUUUUUACAUUGAAACUAAUCAAUAAGAAUCAUCAGUUUAUAGAAAUACUUUAUUUGAUACUUAUUUCAAUAAUGACCAUUAGAGCAUUUAAACUUUUGUUUAAGUUCAUUAAAACUGAAUUUGUAUUUUUUAUUAUUGCAAAACUUCUUUCCACAAAUCGCUUCACUGUCAUACUUUAUAAUUCGUUAUGGUUUUUUUUUAUUACGAUCACAGAUCAGUUUCUAGAUGCAAUAUUUCUUAUUUUCUGACAUGUAGGAGAUGAAUAUUAAUUCUGCUAUUCAAGUGGUCAACACAUUUGUAAUGACUCGCGAUUAGUAAAUCAGAUACGCUAAAAUCUUAAGAACUACGUUCAUUGUGUUGCAAGUAAUAAGUGCAACUUAAAACAUCAGCGUCAUGAGUGUAUAAACUUCACCUACAAAGGUUUUAAAAUUGAUGUGAAUAAAAUGAGAAAUUAUUUACUUAAUGUAGCCUGCUUUCUGAUGACUUUCCAAAACUCAUCAUUGUGUAGGUGCAUUUAAAAGAGUAAUUUUACAUACCUAAUAUUAAGGCUGAAACUUGUUGCAGGAUAUGCAAAUUUCUUUCAUUAUAUCUAGCAAAAAUGGAAUUAUAUUUUUGACUUCGACAGAUUAAUGAUGAGAUACAGAUUAAUACUAGAACAAACGCGUGUUGCUACAAAAAUUGUUUAUCGGUAUUGCAUUGUCACAUCUCCACUACUAUACAUUUGUGAUGCCCUAAAUUUCAGUUUCAAUGAAAUUCAUAUAUUAGCAUGCAUGACUAGUACAUCAGAGAGGAUGUGUGUGAGAUACGUUUUGAAUAUUUAAAAAUUUGUACUAAACGUCGACACAAAACAUGAAGAGACUAUACGAAGAAUAUUCUCAAUAUCGUGCAAUGUUUUAACAGAAAUAUCUAUAACUAAUGACCAUUGAAAAGAAUUGUGCAUAUUUAUAUAUGUUUCUCAAUAUAACUGAGAAAAUAGUUCUACAUUUAAUCCACAUCUAAACUCUCCAGGCUUUUGUGGCCACAUUGUGGCAUUUCACAAUGAACAUAGAGGUAGGCUGAACUGACAAUUUUUUGAUAUACUCUGAGUUAUUCAAGGUUGAACUUUGAGGAAAAAAAAAUUCAUCGAAGCUUAUGGAAUUGAGGCUAUUGAUUUCUAUAUUUCAAAAAUGUUACAAUGUUUGUUCAUAAAUUACAAUUUUAGAUAUCGAAAUAGGUCAAUAAUUGGGUCUUGAGUUAUGAGUAAUCUAAACAUUGACCUCUGGUAUGAAUAUAUCGUACUUCUCGAUUUAGACAAUUCUCCUUUUUGUAGAUUACUCAUUUGAGUCAUUGCACAUGCCUAGAGCAGUAAUUUGAAUAUCUAAAUAACUGUCAUACAUCCAAUAAGCUUAAUUAAGCAAUUUUAAAAAUCAGGUCAGACUACCU